AUGUCUAAACGAUACAGUUUUGUUAUUUCCGUUGCUUCCAUAUGUGGUUUGGUACGUCCGAAAUGUCCGCUGGAUGGAAAUUAUUUGGGAAAAUUUAACAACGAUUAUAAAAAUGGGGAAAAAAUAAAUUUAAUGACUCCGGACAUAAUUUUUGCUAUACUCGUAGCAAAAAUUAUGUUUAACAUUUCCCACGUCAUCCUAAGUAUUUUUUUAUACAAAGCAAAUAAUAAAGAGAUAAUCGGGAAUAAAAAAAGAUUAACGGAUUUACUUAUGGGAUGGACCUUAUUAACAUUAUCCAUGUCAUGUUUGGAUGGAUUUUUAACAUUUCAACUUUUUCAAGAUAUGUUUUCGUUAAUCAAUUAUUUAGAUUCGGAUAAUGAUUUUAUUGAAAAUCCCCUAUUGGGUGGGAUACAAUUUAUUCCUUUGAUAUUCGGUUUGGUUUCGUGUAGGUUGAUUGUUUUAUGGUUUUGGAACGUUAUUGGUAAAAAAGAAAGUUUAAAUAAAUCGAAAAAUGAAGAAAAUGAAUCUUACUCACCAAUGCCAAUAAGAAAAAUUUCAAAUGGUUUACCAUAUCGUAAAACAAAAUCCGAAUGGGAUCUUUAUACAAUGGAAGCUGUAACGCAUUUUAAUGAAGAUGAAUCCACGAUUCCAAAAACAUUUUUACCAAACGAAAAAGUAGAAGAAGUAGAAGAACAAACGAGAAAAAAAAACGAUUACAUAUUUGCUUAUUCUCAACCUGAAAUCGAUUAUAAAAAUGGUAUUAAAAACGAUGGUUACGAUUAUGAUACCGACGAAGAAGAACGUCAAGUCGACGACGAUGAUGAUGGGGAAGUAGAAAAAGGAUUUUAA